AUGGGUCUGAACACCACCCUCUGCAACUGUAUCCUGGACAUCCUGGCGACCUCCCUUCCAGACCCUCCCUUCAGACCUCCCUUCAGACCCUCCUUCAGACUCUCCUUCAGACCCCUCCUUCAGACCUCCCUUCAGACGCCCCCUUCAGACCCCUCCCCUUCAGCCCUCCCUUCAGACUCCUCCUUCAGACCCGCCUUCAGAUCCCCUUCAGCCUCCCUUCAGACCCCCCUUCAGACCCCUCCCUUCAGACUCCUCCCUUCAGACUCCUCCUUCAGACCCCUCCUUCAGACCCCUCCCUUCAGCCUCCUCCCCUUCAGACCCUCCCUUCAGCCCUCCCUUCAGACUCCCUCUCGACCUCCCUUCAGACCUCCUCAGCCCUUCAGACCCUCCCUCAGACCCUCCUUCAGACCCUCCCUUCAGCCCUCCCUUCAGACUCCUCCCUUCAGACCCUCGCCUUCAGACUCCUCCCCUUCAGCCCUCCCUUCAGACCCCUCCCUUCAGCCCUCCCUUCAGACCCUCCCUUCAGACUCCUCCUUCAGACCCCUCCCUUCAGCCCUCCCUUCAGACCCUCCUUCAGCCCUCCCUUCAGACUCCUCCCUUCAGACCCUCCCUUCAGAUCCUCCCUUCAGCCCCUCCUUCAGACUCCUCCUUCAGACCCGCCCUUCAGACUCCUCCUUCAGCCCCUUCCCUUCAGCCCCUCCCUUCAGACCCCCUCCUUCAGACUCCUCCUUCAGACUCCUCCUUCAGACUCCUCCCUUCAGCCCUCCCUUCAGACCCCCUUCAGACCCUCCUUCAGACCCUCCUUCAGACCCUUCAGACCCUCCCUUCAUCCCUCCCUUCAGACCCCUCCCUUCAGACCUCCUCCCUUCAGACUCCUCCCUUCAGACCCCCCCUUCAGACCCCUCCUUCAGACUCCUCCUUUCAGACUCCUCCCUUCAGACUCUCCCUUCAGACCCCUCCCUUCAGACCCUUUUUGGGUCGACCCCUCCCUUCAGACCCUUCCCUUCAGACUCCUCCCUUCAGACCCCUCCCUUCAGACUCCUCCCUUCAACCCUCCUUCAGACCCCUCCCUCAGACCCUCCCUUCAGACCCCUCCCUUCAGACCCUCCCUUCAGACUCCUCCUUCAGACCCCUCCCUUCACCCCUCCCUUCAGCCCUCCCUCAGACCCCUCCCUUCAGACCCCUCCCUUCAGACCCCCCUUCAGACCCUCCCUUCAGACUUCUCCCUUCAGACCCCGCCCUUCAACUCCUCCCUUCAGCCCCUCCCUUCAGACCCCUCCCUUCAACCCCUCCCUUCAGACUCCUCCCUUCAGACCCCUCCCUUCAGACCCUCCUUCAGACUCCUCCCUUCAGACCCUCCCUUCAGCCCCUCCCUUCAAGCCUUCCCUCCCUUCAGACCCUCCCUUCAGACCUCCCUCAGCCCCUCCCUUCAGACUCCUUCCCUUCAGACUCCUCCCUUCAGCCCCGCCCUUCAGACCCCGCUCUUCAGACCCCUCCCUUCAGACCCCUCCCUUCAGACCCUCCUUCAGACUCCUCCUUCAGACCCUCCUUCAGACCCUCCCUUCAGACUCCUCCCUUCAGACCCCUACCCUCAGACCCCUCCCUUCAGACCCCUCCUCAGACCCCUCCCUUCAGCCCCUCCCUUCAGACUCCUCCCUUCAGACCCCGCCCUUCAGACUCCCCUUCAGCCCUCCCUUCAGACCCCUCCCUUUCAGACCCCCCCUUCAGACUCCUCCCUUCAGACUCCUCCCUUCAGACCCCUCCCUUCAGACCCCUCCCUUCAGAUCCUCCCUUCAGACCCCUCCCUUCAGCCCCUCCCUUCAGACUCCUCCCUUCAGACCCCUCCCUUCAGACCCUCCCUUCAGACUCCUCCCUUCAGACCCUCCCUUCAGACCCCUCCCUUCAGACCCCUCCCUUCAGCCCCUCCUUCAGACUCCUCCCUUCAGACCCCGCCUUCAGACUCCUCCCUUCAGCCCUCCCUUCAGACCCCUCCCUUCAGCCCUCCCUUCAGACCCCUCCCUUCAAGACUCCUCCCUUCAGACCCCUCCCUUCAGCCCCUCCCUUCACCCCUUCCCUUCAGCCCCUCCCUUCAGACUCCUCCCUUCAGACCUCCCUUCAGAUCCCUCCCUUCAGCCCCUCCCUUCAGACUCCUCCUUCAGAUCCCGCCCUUCAGACUCCUCCCUUCAGCCCCUCCUUCAGCCCUCCCUUCAGACCCCUCCCUUCAGACCCUCCUUUCAGACUCCCCCUUCAGACUCCUCCUUCAGCCCCUCCCUAGACCCCUUCCCUUCAGACCCCUCCCUUCAAGACUCUCCCUUCAGACUCCUCCUUCAGACCCCUCCCUUCACCCUCCUUCAGACCCCUCCCAGACUCCUCCUUCAGACUCUCCCUUCAGACCCCUCCUUCAGACCCCCCUUCAGACUCCUCCUUAGCUCCUCCCUUCAGACUCUCCCUUCAGACCCUCCCUUCAGACCCUUUUUGGGUCGGUAG